GUUGAGAGACGUACAAAUUGAUUCAAGAACGAAGUGGCUAAUUGUUAUAAGUUCUACGCUGCUUCGUUCAAAAUUUCGCUAGAGAAGAAAUGUCGAACAGUGUCCAGGUGGGAAUUAAAUUUAAACCUUUGGUCGAACAGGAGGGUGACAAAACAUCGUCAACACAAUGGAUUGUACGAGGAAAUUCCAUUGUUUCUGUAGAUCCGGUGACGGCUAAGCCGGGAAAUAAUGAAUUUAAUUUCGAUCAUACUUUUGAUAUGGAUAGAACCAAUUCUAAUGUAUUUGACAGUAUUGUAAAACCUAUUAUUGAUGCUGCUAUAAAAGGUUUUAAUGGAACAGUAUUUUGUUAUGGUCAAGUUGAUUCUGGUAAAACACAUACAAUGAUAGGUACUUUGGAAGAACCAGGAAUAAUACCACUUAGUAUUCAAUACAUAUUUAAGGCAGUUUCUAAUACUAUUGGACGUGAAUUUUUGUUAAGGGUAUCGUAUGUAGAAAUUUAUAAUGAAACAAUAAAUGAUCUUCUGAAUAAAAAUGGACUUGACUUAAAAUUACACAAAGAUGAUAGUGAUCGAAUAAUUAUUGAUUCUAAAGAAGAAAUUGUGAACACCUCUGAUAGCAUGCUAUCUAUAAUGAAAAAAGGAAUUCAAAACCAAAAGAUAAAAAGAGCUGAUAGUAAUGAAUAUAUUAGUAGCCAUAAUAUAUUUCAAAUUACAAUUGAAAGUCAAAGUGUUGAUGAUGACUCUCAAAAUGUUGUACUAGUAUCACAAUUGAAUUUAGUAGACUUGGCUGGUUUCAAAAGAACAUGUGGAAUAGACGCUAUCGAAGGACAACAAAUGGACACAUCCCUUUUCACCUUAGUGUCAGUAAUUAUGCAGCUAAGUGAAAUACAAAAUGACCAAAGAAAUAUUAAUUAUCGCGAAAGCAAAUUAACAGAACUGCUGCAGCAAUCAUUAGGUGGUAAUUCUUUGACAGCAAUAAUAUGUACAGUAACUGCUGUUGCUUUAGAAGAAACACAUGAAACUCUGUCGUUUGCGUCUCGAGCCAAGAACGUUAAAAAUAAGCCACAAAAAAAUGAAGUCGUCUCCGAUGCAUCGCUCUUAAUGCGUUAUGCAAAACAGUUGAUUAAACUUGAAACGGAACUUCAGAGAAUAAGGAAUGGAAACUCAUCCGUAGAACGUGAAAAUAUAGAGCCUAGAUUGCAAGAGAAAUAUCAAAUUAAUCAUGUACUAGAAGAACGUAUAAAGUUGCUAAAAACUCAAAUUGUUUCUGGAUAUAACGCGAAUCGUACGGAACAAUUUAAAUGUAAAUCUAGAAGGAAGCAGUACCGGUGUAAUCCUGGAAUGUUCAAACAAUAUCUGCCUGUGUUUCAAACUAAAAGUGGUUUGCCAACGAUAAAAGAAGCGUCGCCCGAGAAACCACAUAGCAAGAACAACUCGCAAUUGGUCGAUGUCAUAAAUCAGACACUUCAGACACCGUUUGCUGACUUUGAAUUAGACUUGAUCGAAUGCGAAACAGAUUACGAGAUCAAAGAAAAUGGUAAUAAAAACAAGGAGAAAUGUAUUAAAUAUAUAAAUAGCGUGGUAACUGUAAAAUCAAAAAACAGCGGUCUCUCCGUAACGCCAGAGAAACAGGAUACGUAUGUACAAACUUCAAGCAAUCAAGGUUCGCCUACAACGCCAAAGAAUACGUUGCGUGGAUGUAUCAGUGAACUGACCAAAGAUCUUAUGGAACUUCGUGAAUUUACAACCUUGGAGAAACAAUUAAUUUGCGAAGAAUAUCAUUGUGGCGCAAAGAACCAGGGGGGCCAAGCAGCAAAACAGUCUGACUUGUUUAAUUCCAAGGAUAAUGAAGUCAACGAAUAUUCUUCAAAUGUAAUGUUACAGUUGGAGGAAGAGAAAGCUAAGCUGGAAGAAGGUCUUGAACUAAAGAUUCAAGAACUGGAUGAAAUAAAGAAUGACAUUCAAGGUUUGAAACAGGAUGUAGAAAAGUUACAGAAAACUAUUUAUUUAUUGACGAACGAAAAUAUGGAAAUGUCAAGUAAAUUGUGUGUAGAAAAAGAGCGUUCAAAACAAGCUGAAAUAAAUCUUCAAAUAAUGAUCGACGAACUUCACGCGCGUAUCUCGAAAGUUACAAAUGAAAAAAUUAAUUUAGAAAGUGAUCUAAUACAUUUGAACGACCAGUUAAAAUCUGCCCGUUUGAAAAUACUAGAGAAACAUAACGACGAGGAAUUGCUUCAAUGUCAAAAUAAACUUGAAUUAUUGAAGUCGGAAAAUAUCGAAUUAUCAGUGAUUAUAGCAGAAAAAAAUAAGGAGCUUGAAAGCAUUAAAGAAAGUAAGUCGCUUCUGUACGACCAUGAAUGCAUUUACAAGGAUAAAGUUCAAUUGCUUACAGAGAAGAAUGAAUACUUAGUGAUAGAAAACAGUGAACUUUCUACCGACUUGAUGGAUAAGAUCGAAGAGAACGACAAGUUAAGAGAACAAUGUAAUACUCUGAAAAAUAAAAUAUCUCUAACGCAGACUACGGAUUUUGAUGAAAAUGACAUAGAGCAAUUACGAACGGAGAAUAGGCUUUUAAAAGGUGAAAUUAUGGAACUGAAGGAUAAGGUAACAAUGUUAACGGAUGAAAAUGUAAAAUUUUCUAAUACUUUAUUGGAGACUAUCGAGAAUUUCGAUAAUUCACGUAAUGAAAAGUUAAGUAAUAACGCAUCGUAUUUGUCUACCGUGCUCGAUGACACUACGAAAGUAGACGAAACUGCGAAGGAAAUGUUACAGGAAGAGAGCCGCGAAGUACUGGCAAACAAAGUUCUAACGUUACAGGACGAGAUAAAUCAUCUGACUCGUCUAAACACAAAAUUAAGCGACUUGAAGUUCUCAUCUUGCAAUCAGUGCGCGCAUUUAAAAAAUUUGAACGAAAGUCGUAGGGUUUUUAAACUCGAAGCAAAAUCUUUGACUCUAAAAUUGGAAGAUUUACAAAGAAAGUUCGACCUAAAAUGCGCGGACACCGAGCUGCUGAAAAUGAAAGUCAAUCAAGAAUUGAAUUUAAGUUACGUUGAUGGAUCUUUAAAUGCCAGCUUUACGGAUGGGUUGAAUGUGAGCUUUGUGGAGGAGAAAGUUCAACACUUGAACAACGAAUUACAAACGCUGAAAGAUGACCGCGACAAACUAUCAAUUCUAUAUAAAGAAAAGUGCGACGAGUUUGAAAAACUCCAUGAUGAAGUGGAUGACACUAAACCAAAGAAGAACACGGUUAAAACUACAACUAGGAUUGAACAAAUUGAAAACAGUAUUGACCAACUGAGAGAAGAUAUAGAUGUGUUGAAAAAGAAUAAUAUAAAAUGUCAGUAUUUGCUUAAUAAAUUCAAAAUGGAAAAGACGAGCCUGCUGGACCAAAUAAAGAUGCUUAACGGCAUGAACGAGGAGCUACAACAAAAAGUGUCGAACACUGAAAUGGCAGUGGCCACAGCCACGGAAAAGACGAAUAUUCUUGAAAAUGAAUUAUCAAACAUGAGCAAGGAAAUUAAACAGUAUUCUGAAAAAGAAAAAAUAAUACAAAGCGAGAAAUUAACACUGGAAGUAGAAGUGGAAGAAUUGAAGAGUGAAAAGCAAAAUAAGGAUAUCCUCAUUGUUGAGUUACAUCAUACGAUUGACGAUUUAAAUAAAUGUAUUUCGUCAUUAAAGGACGAAUUAGACUUAAUUACGAAUCAGAGGGAUGAGUUGGAUGUUUGUACAAAGACAAUUGAAGAUAAACACAAAAAUGAAGUAGAAUUAUUGGGUAAACAAUACGAAGAAUUAGAAAAAGAGGGGAAAGAAGGUUCAGAGGCAGAACAACGCGCGAUAUUGUGCGCUAAGGAAUUAGAAUCGGAUGUAGAAAAGCUUCAAACGGAUUUAACGAAGCAAGAAAAUCUGUACAAAGAACUUCAAGGGAAAGUUUCUCAGCUGGAAAAUCUUUUGCAAGAAAGCGAAAAUGAAAAGGCGACAUUGAAGCAGGAAUUGCAAGAACUUGAAAUUCAAUUGACCGAUUUUAAAGAUAAUUUGGUGAUUAAAUAUAAAAACGAACUAGAGUCUGUAACAAAGAAUUUUGAAGAAUAUACCGCUGAAUCUGAGCUUAAAUUAAGCAAAAUGAAGGAAACGUUAAACAAGCAUGUUGAAGAAAACUAUAAUUUAACACAAGACCUUGCGAAGCUUCGAGACAUUGAAUCGAACUUUAGUAAAAUAGGAAGCAAAAAUGCGUGUUUGUUCGAUAAGGAGAAAACUUUAAUUAACGAUAAUAAAAAGCUGACGGAAGAAUUGAACACUGUUAAGGAAUCGAUGAUCACGGAAUUGAAAUCGCUAAAAUAUAAAGUGAAUUCCGUGGAUUUUUUAAAUAAGACUGCAAAUGACAUUUUCAUAAUCUUUUUACAUUCUCUGAUUUCGAAAGAAAAAGAGAUAGUUAAAGCUAUGAGGGAAUCGUUUGAGAAGGACAAAGAGAAACUAGAGGAUGAGAAACGACAAAGCGCGGAUGGAGAGAAACGUGCCGUGUUAUGGAGCAACGAGUUAGAAAUAGAAAAUGAAAAAUUACAAAUGGAUUUAACAAAACACGAGAAAACCCACAAACAACAGCAGGACAAUAUUUAUCAGUUGGAACGUCGUUUGAAGGAGAGCGACUACGAGAAAGAAUCGCUCAGGGAAAAAAUACAAACGCUUGAAAUUGACUUCAACAAUUUGCAAGGCGAAUUUGAUAAACAGAGCAAAGCGCGACAAGAAAAAGCAAAUACCGUUGUCCAAAAACGGGAAAAGGAAGCGCAGGAUGCUUUUAAAAAGAAGGAAAUAGAACUCCAGUCGAAAAUAAAAUCUGAGAAAACGGUAUACGAAAAGAAAAUAGAGGAUCUUGCUUCCAGUAUAGAAUCUUAUAAGACAAAAAAUAUGGAAUUGAAGAGUAACGUCGAAGGCCUCGAAGCAAAUCAUAAACAAUUGAAGAAUAUCAUAGAAGCAAACGCGUCCGAAUUGAAAAUAAAUAAUCAAACUAUACAUCGAUUAACCACUGAGCUUGAAAAACUUACGGAGGCUUACAACGAAGUGAACCGCGAAUCGGAACAAAAGGCAACGCAAAUUGAAAAAAUCACGGCACUUCUCAAAAGCAAGUGCGAUAUGCUCUCGGAAUAUAAAGCCAAAUAUGAAACUAUCAUACCAGAUUAUGAAUUGUUGAAGGACCAAGUUAAGGAAUGGAAAACAAACAUAAAUCGAUACAAGGAAGAGAUACAGGAAUUGAAAAUGGAAAAUGAGAAACAGAUCGAAAUAAUUAAAGAUAAAUUGAAUUCCGAGGAAAUACAAAAUGUCGAGUUGAAUAAGCAGUUGCACGAAUUAAAUAAUAAGAACAUAGCAUUGGUGGAGGAGCUAGAUGGUAUAAAAGAAAAAUAUGAAGAGUUGCAACAUGUGAAUGCAAAGUUGGAAAAAAAAAUUAGAAAUAGUACGAGUAAAAUGAAAGCGGAAGCAGAGAUGGAUGAUUUAAGAGAUUUAAACAAAAGGUUGCAAAACAAUUUAGAAGGAGCCAGUAAUCGUAUAACCGAGCUUCAGGAUAAUAAAAAUAAAAUUUUAAAAGAAUUGGUUAAUUUGAAGGGACAAUACGAAACGUUGUCUCAAGAAAAUGCUGAGAUAAAAAAAACGUUAUCGUCGUAUAAAUCCAGACAAAGUAUUCCAUGCUUAUUUAACGAAGAUAGUAAAUACGAUGCUCUUGUUCAAGAGAAAAAUAAACUUGCUCUGGAAUUAGAAGGCAACAAAUUGUUAAUCAAUCAAAGAGACAAAGAGAUUAUAGAUUAUGUCGAUCGGAUAAAGGCUUUAGCUAUAAAAAACGAAGAACUUGAUAAACAAUUAGAAGACCAUAUUGUAAUUGUACGUGAACGCGAUCUAGAAAUCACAAACCUAAAGGAGAAGUUGUAUGUUCAUCAAAUAGAAAAUAAAUUGGUAAACGAAUUGGAGGAGAAACUGGAAAUUCUCAAAAAGGAAAACAAAAAACUUCAGGAUCAACUUGAAACAUUUAUAGCAAGACCACAGAUUGACAUGAAGCAAUUAGAAGAUAUAAAAUUGCACAAUGACAAAGUUUGCCUUGCGUUGAGAAAAGAGAAUUUGGAAUUACAAACGAAACUGAACGAAUACGAGAUCAAGCUGGAGUCAAAAAGCAACAGCAGUGGUUCUAGAUCUACUAGCCCAGCUUUUGAAAUGAACAGAAGAAGGCAAAGUAGAACCGAAGUAUUUAACCAAAAGAGACAAAUAGAAAAUGUGAUGUUCGAGACGGACAUCAAUGAAAACGAAGAAAUGUACCAAGUAUUCAGGAAAAGGAUUCAAGAAUUAGAAUUAGAGCUGGUGACGAAAAAUGGGCAAAUUGCAACAUUGGAGAUUCAAAUCCAAAGCGAAAACUUUCCUUACCAACAGAAAUGUAAGGAGCUGGAAGAACUUCUGCUCUCAUUCCGGCAAAAAAAUGCAGAACUUCGUUCUGAGAUUGGGAAACUUAAAAGGGCUAUGUAUGAUAUUAACGCAUGGGAAUGCGAUACGUGUAGGAAAUGGCGGAUAAACAGAAGAGAUCAAGCUUGUCAGACGAUACGUAAUAAUUCUGUGCUACAUUCCAGUACCGCUAACGGGGCAGUUAAUGAUCAUGCAAAAGUAAUGAAAUUGGAAAAAGAAAAGGAAUUAAUAAAAGAUAUAUGCCGUUCACGAUGCAGACGAAUAAAAGAAUUGGAAGAUAAAGUAAAGGAAUUGGAGGACACAUGCCAAAUUUAAUCAAUGAUGUAAUUUAAUGACACACUUCACCAAGAAGUUCAAUUCGAAGAAGGAUGUAAAACUAAAAGGAACACUUUUUUUGGUCAUAUUUCAAAUGUAGUUUCUAUAAAUUAUUUGUCUACAUACGCAACGAGUUGCAAAUUGAUGUUAUUAGUUGAUGAUAUCAGAUAAGAAAACUGUACUUUUGCUUUUUAUAACCAGUGACAGUUUAUAUACUUUAUAUACCAACAUAUAAAGCAUUCAAUCUCAAACGGCAAUGAAAAAAACUGUUCCAGCUAAUUCAUUGAAGCUUAAGAAGCUUUUGGAAUAUGGAAGAAACAUACACAACAAAUAGUAAUGAAUGUCUUCCAAAUAUUCUGCUAAAAUGUAUAUUAUUGACACGA